AUGCGGGAGGUGGAGAGGACGGGGAGUGUGCGGGCUGUUGUGGGUGUGAAGGGCCAGUUUGCGAGUUUUGAGAAGACGCAGCCGGGGUACUACGGUGAGCUGGGCUCGAUCAUCCUGCACCAGACGCUCUUCAGCCUCUUCCCGCCGUCGUCGUUCGACGCGGCGCUGAUCGCGCCCCUCGCGCCUGCCGAGUUCAUCCAGCGCAUACUUGUGCCCGAGACGGCGGUGCGGCUGGUCAUGCAGGACCUCGGGCAGCCGCCGGACGAGGCGCUGCGGACGUUGCGGGAGAGCGCGCAGUAUGGUGUGGCGAUGUUUCCUGAUGCUGGGAUUGAGGAAGGC